CUUGGAGGCAGGGAGAGCUGCCAUUUUAAAGUGCUAUAACUCUCACGCGGAGAUCGCAUCGAUGGACAGCGAUUUCUGAUUAUAUAGUAGCACACGCGGCCGCCGCAAAUCCGUGAGUUGCAGCCGCCUAGACGAGGUCUGGCUGCGACAAAAUGCCGCGCAAGCGCAAGCAACCGCGCGACGGCGGCGCCUGGCGCAAGUAUGCGCUGCUCGCAGCAUUGGUCGCAGCGCUGUGGGCGCGCACGCCGUCGGCGCCGGCCCGGCGCUUGGAACGGCAGCUCCAAACGGGCCGCGCUCUCUUCGAGGCGGGCAAUUGGAGGGAUGCAGUGGCGGCGCUCGAUUUGAGGAAGCAAGCGGCCGCUCUGAGGACUGACGCCGAGCGGCGCCUGUUCUGGCCGCGAUUGCAUGAGGCGGCGGCGCACCGCGCGCAGAGCGCGCUGCGGGCCGCUGAUCUAGCAGACACAGCUGCCGCGCGACGCCGAGGCGUCGAGCAGGCCGUGAGCCUCUUCGAGGCCGCGCUGGCGAUGGACGAAAACGCGUACGCGUUCCUCGACUUCGUCUACGACGCGUGCCGCGCCUACUGGCGGUUAGAGAGGGUCGAGGCGGCGGACGCCUUGUUUGAAGCGGCGCGGUCGAAGUCCGACGCGUUCCCCUGGACCACGCCGCGGCAGAUGCCGUGCUGCGGCGCGCUCGCGCGGCUGCCCGUCGCAAAUGAAAGACCGUGGCACGCAGUCGACGCGUACGACCUCACUCGCAUACUCCGAGACCACACGCACGACAUUCGACGCGAGUUCAUGAAUGCGAACCUCGACCGUUUAGUGAGCGCGUCCCCGGAGGGCCACGGCGCCGAGUUUACCAGAGACGCGACGGGUCGUAAACCGUGGCGCGAGCUCGUCUUGUACGACGGCGAAAAUGAAGGCUGGGACGCGGAAACCUGUGAAGCGUUCCCGAAGACGUGUUCGCUACUGCGCGACGCGCCGUCCUUAAUAACGGUGCCGGCAGCGGCGCCAAAACCGCGCUACUGUUGUCGGGUGAGCGUGCUGCGGCUCGCGCCCGGCGCGCGCGUCAACGUCCACACCGCUCCGACGAACGUGCGUCUGAAGGCCCACCUGGUCCUCUCUACACCACCGGGAGCCUUCUUAUCGGUGGCGGGCGAGCGUCGGAACUACUCCGAGGACGAGGUGCUGGUCUUCGACGACUCCUUCUUCCACGCGGCCGAGAACGGGCAUGAAACUGAGGCGCGGUAUGUGCUUUCUGUGGACUUUUGGAAGCCCGGGCUGCUGUUGUAA